AUGUUCCCACUAGCGCCGCAUCUGCUGGAGCUCUGUUUCAUCAAGGCCGGCCCGGCUUUCCAGGUUCACGCAUGCUCGCGCGAGUUCCUCAACGUCCUCAUCAAGACCUUCCCUGAACAGCCACAGGACCUGAUCAACCCGGUGCACAAGAAAAUCCUCGCACUCCUGUACAAGUGGCACCAGACCAUUGGCCAGCAUGCGCGUUACCGUCUGUUCCUGGCGCCCCUCAACCACCUGUACACCCUCUUCCGCACGAAGGGCUUCAAGUUCCCGGAGAUCCCCCAGUCCGAGCUCAGCGCCCUGAUGGAGUCCAUGUCCUUCCUCUCGGAAUCCGAGCUGCGUCGCAUCGACCAGGAGGCCCAGUCGGCUCGGCUGGAAUAUCUGCUUCAGCAAAACUCCAAGCAAUGUAUCGAGGAAGCCAACGACCUGAUGAAGGCCAUGGUCGGCUAUGACCCCGAUACCAUGCCGGACUACGCGGCGGAGGUCCGCUCUCAGCUGGCUGACAUCGAGGCGGCAGCCAUCGGUCUGGCACAGGCCAUCUCCAACUCAAUCAAUAAUGACACCGAGGACACCCCGCGUGUCCUGACCGAGCCCAUGCAGCAAGACUACAUUCGCUGCAAGGCAUCCCAGAAGCGCCUGAUGGCCAUCCUCAAUGACGCCCCCGCUGACGAGGAAAUCGACGAGCAGCGCAUCGCCCAGUACCUCCAGGUGAAUGACACCAUCAACACGGCCCUGCGCGCGGUCGAUGCCUACAUCAUCGGCGAGCCCCUCUCCCCGACGGCUCUCUCCCUGGCCUCGGGAUCGUCGCUCCUCGGCCCGUCGGCCGGCCUCGCCGCGCCGGCAGACACCAAUGUCUCGAAUCUCCUGGACAUGUCCUCGCCCCCAGGGGCCGGCGCCCCGCACGCGGCUUCCACCCCGUCGGCCUCGUCGGCGGUGCUUGGCAACCUCCUGGAUCUGGACUUGACCCUGCCGGCCCCGGCCGCUGCCCCUGUUGUCGGUGCCUCGCCGGUGGCCUUUGCCGAUCCGUUUUCCGGCUUCGGCACCCCGUCGGCCGAUUCGGCCGAGCCCUCCUCCGUGGCCAGCACCCAGAGCUCCUCGGCUUACCUGCUGGAUGCCGGCCUGGCGGCGGCGCCGGCCUCGGGCCCAGGCGAUUCCUUCUCCUCGCUCUUCGCCAACCUUUCCAUGUCGGACUCGGCCAGCAGCCCCGCCGGCCCGGUGGACAUGGGCUCGGUUUCGGCCUCCCCGGUCGUUUCGGGCGCCCCGGCUGCUUCAACUGCCAUUGCGCCUCCCCCGAUGCCCGCUGGAGCCGUCGUGCUAGACGCUUCGGGUAUCCGCAUUGAGCUGUCGACCAUCCGGUCGCGGGCGCUCGACGCGUCCGAGGCCCAGAAGUAUGAGAUCCCUGUGAACCGGGCGCUGGAGCUUGUGGCCAAGAUCCACAACACCGACCCCUCCGGCACGGCCAUCAAGAGCUUUGUCCUGAUGUUGGCCGUGCAGAAGGUCAUGAAGCUGGAGCUGCUCCCUUCCAGCAGCUCGCAGGCCGGUCCGGCUGGCAGUGCUCCCAUCUCCCAGCCCUUCACAAUCCUUUUCCACAAGCCCACCGACGGUCAAGCUGGGCCCACCUUCCGGAUUCUCUAUAAGAUUAGCUUCAACCGCGUGGUCCCCAACAACCCGGCUGUGGCCCCGGUCCCGGUGGCCCUGAGUGGCGAGCUCCACAACCUCCCCGUGCAUCAGUUCCAGUGA